CGUGGUUUAAAAUCUUCAGCAGGGUGGCGCGGAAACUUGUCCCACCACUAUCGCGCAGCUAAACCCGGAUUUUUAAAAGUUUUGUUUACAUUUGCGACCAUUGUUCUGCGGUAAAAUGAGUGUGUUGGAGGUGAAGUUCAUCGGGGACGGAGAUGUUUUGGAUCACAUCGUGGACAAACAGGAGGGUGUGCAGAGCAGCGCUGGCUCUGUGCAGAAGAUGGUGAAGUUUAAGAGGCCGGCAGGACUGCAGGGCUGCAGAGAGGACGCAGAACUGAAUCCUGARGAAAGCGGUGUCUUUGAUGAGCAAAAUUAUAUCCAAGCUUUGGGAGCAGAAAGCACUGAAGCACCGAGCCUUCGGUCAGACAGCGACAGUGAGCUCUCACCUUCUGACUCUGGGGAGGACGAAGAAGAGGAUGCCUUUGAAGAGCAGAAGGCAAAGAAAGAGAACAAAGACACUUUGAGAAACUCACAAACUCCCAAUAAAAAGUUAUCUGCAGCUCUCUACAAGACUCCUGCAAAAAAGACCAAGACCACAGCAGAACUCCUCAACCAGCCCACCAUGACCGAGGAGUAUUUUGAGGCUCAUGGUAGCUCGAAGGUCCUGACGUCUGACCGGACCCUUGAGCGUUUGCACACCCCUAAACUUGACAGGGAGACUCUGACUCGUCUUUUAGAAGAUAAACCAUCCUGUUAUUUCAAAGAGAUGCAGCAGCUGCAGAACAAACACAAAAAGCACUUUAACAAAUGGAUGUUACAGUUACAAUUGGGGUUCAGUGUUCUGGUCUACGGUUUGGGCAGCAAAAAGGCUUUGCUGGAAGACUUCAGGGAGUCUCAUUUGUCACAGGAAAUCCAUCUUGUGGUCAACGGAUUUUUCCCUUCUAUUACUCUUAAAUCAAUAUUAAACGCUCUGACAAGUGAGGUUCUGGAGCUUGAGGGAAGUUUUCGAACCCCCUCAGAUCAAAUCCAGUUCAUCUCUCAGACUCUGAAAGAACGGUCAGAUUUCCACGUGUAUGUGAUUAURCACAACAUCGACGGCCCAAUGCUGCGAGGAGAAAAGACCCAGAGUGCACUGGGGCAGCUGGCCUCCCUGCCAAACCUGCACCUGGUGGCCUCUAUAGACCACAUCAAUGCCCCGUUAGUGUGGGACCAGUUCAAACAGAGUCAGUUCAAUUGGCUGUGGUGGGAGUGUGUGACGUUCCAGCACUACACAGAGGAGACGUCAUAUGAAAACUCGCUCCUGGUGCAGCAGACCGGUGCUCUGGCUCUGUCCUCCCUCACACACGUGCUCCGCAGCCUGACACCCAAUGCAAGAGGAAUCUUUAAACUGUUGGUGCGAUUUCAGCUGGAGAACAAAGACAACCCUUCAUAUACAGGAUUAUCAUUCCAGGACUUCUACCAGCGUUGUCGCGAGGCCUUUCUGGUCAACUCUGACCUCACUCUGAGGACUCAGCUGACCGAGUUCCGGGAUCACAAACUGAUUCGGACACGCAAGGGUGGAGAUGGAGUGGAGUACCUGGUGGUGGCCGUGGAUAUAAACACGUUGAUGGACUUCCUGGAGAACGAGGACGAAUGAAACACCAGACCAAUCGUUUCAAGCACAUUUUAGCUGUCGAUCGCUGACAUAAAAAUCAUUUCCAAUUGUUUUAAYUAGAUAUAAAACAAAACCAGUGUUUUAAAUUAGAUUAUUAAAAUGUUUGGCCCAAAAUGCACUUGCUGUAUUCACGUUUUCAGAGUAGAUCUUGGCAAAUAAAAGCAACACUUUGAGUUCA